UAUUCCGAUGGGUUCUUGGUGUUUCUAUCAUUUUGUUUGUAUGCAACAUAAUUUGAUGUGAAAAUUAAUAUCUCCUCAAAUUGAAAGACACUUCUAAAAUGCUACACGAAGUGUUACUGGCAUUGUGGGGGUGUUCGACUAAUGCUUUAGAUAUAUUGGAAACAAAUACUAUAGACCUUGAAAAAUAUUUACAUCCUGGGGAACGUGCAUUACUUAAAAAAAUAUUAGACAUAGUCGAGGAGUGCAAUGUUAUUAGAAACUUUAUUCAAGAUUAUACAACAUUCAAUAUUUCAAGAUCCAGUGAUGAAUUACAAAGUUUACCUCAAGGUUUAUAUCUACAAGCUCUAUGCGAAGGAAUGGAUCAAGCUUUGGAACCAUUUCGUGAAGAAAUUAUCGAUUUAGAGAAUGUAGUUCUUCAUGAUAGUUAUACGCCAUUAUCAUUUAUUCUUUGUCACGUCCAAAAGUAUAUUGGUUUAUUUUCUGUACUAAAUUCUAUUAUACGAGAAAUUAGUACACAGAAAAUUCAUGGCUGUAGACUAUUACAGUGUUUACAUCAAAAUAUGCAUACUGGUAUUCCUGAAGUGAAAUCAGCCUUAGAAAAGAUGUCUCAUUGUGUACAUACAGUUUUCUAUAAACAAUUAACAAGUUGGCUUUUGUAUGGUCAUUUAGAAGACAUGCAUAGUGAGUUUUUCAUUCAGAAAAUAUCAAAUGGACAAAACAGUUUGAUAUUAGCAAAUAAUAAACACACCCCGGCCGAGAUAAAAAACAUAAAAUUGAACUCCGAUAUGUGGGAUUACAAUGUUCAAGUGGAUAUGCUACCUUCGUACAUCAGACCGUCAUUAGCAGCUAAAAUUUUAACUAUAGGGCAAACAAUUAUAAUGUUUAGUAAUGACCCAAGGCAGAAGAAAGACUUUGCGGUAGAUGAUCAGAGUGAGAAUUCUAUAUGGGGCGAUAAAGAAUAUGAAUAUUUUCUUAAAAUUCAGAAUCUUCAGAAGAACCCAAUUUUUAAUAUUAUUGAAUUUGAAUGUACGAUCGAUGAAUUAAAACAAUGUGUAACUGAACUAUUAUGGCGAGUCGCUGUUGAAGAAGCCCAAUUAGUACAACAAUUGAAAUUAGUAAAAGACUUUUUCCUUAUGGGCCGGGGUGAUUUGUUUCUUGAAUUUAUUAGACUCACUGCACAUAUAUUGAACAAGCCACCGACAAAUCAUACAUCUAGAGACAUCAAUCUAGCUUUUCAAAUUGCAUUAAGGAAAAUGCAUUUAAACGAUGAGAGCGCUAUGGAGAGUUUUAAUUUUUUAGUACCACUUCCAGUGGAAGAGAGUGAUGAUACAGAAGUAGAAGGUGCAGAAAUUACUGACAAGGAACGUGAGGAUCCUAUUGAGAGGCGUGGAUGGGGUAUGAUCAUUUUGAAGUACAAAGUCAUAUGGCCAUUACACUUACUAUUUAAUCCAUCUGCUUUAAACGAUUAUAAUACAUUAUUCCGAUUUUUGCUUAGAGUUAAGAAAACUCAAAUUGGUCUGUGGAAUCUUUGGAGUGAGCAUAUGUAUUAUAAAAAUAUCGACAUUGGUGUAAUACAACUAAGAAAUAACUUAAUAUUUAUUAUUGAUAAUUUACAAUACUAUUUGCAAGUGGACGUAUUGGAAAGUCAAUAUACUAUUAUGGAAGGAAAUAUGAAAAAUACUCGAAAUUUUGAAGACGUACAAAAGGCACACUCUAUUUUUUUGGCUAACGUUAUGUCCCAAACGUUUUUAUUAGGAAGUUUAACGGAACGAAAAAAUCCUGUAAAUAAAUUAAUAAAACUAUUACUACGACUUUGCGACGACUUUAUCUUGCAAGCGUCGAUGUGGGAAGUAGGCAACUUACUUUUAACAGAGAAAGAAGAACUCAAAACGUUGUCCGACACUCUUGAAAGUUUAAUGAGUUGGUUGACUAAAACAUUAAAUAGAGUUCGUGCACAACCCAGUGGAGAACACUUAGCUCAAUUAUUAUUGAGAUUGGACUUUAAUAGAUGGUUUAGUAAAAAAAUAUGA